AAAAGGGUAAUCCUUGAACACUGAGUUGGUCAUCUGUUAGCGGUAGAAACGGUAGCCAAAGUAACUGAAUUCAACAUCUUCACUAAGAUUGUGAAAUUAUGAGUUAUUCUUGUCAGAACAAUUCUGUUACUAAUUGAGGUGCCAUAUGGCAGCAUGUCCUUAUAUAUAUAACUAUAGACUAUAAUGAGUAUGAUCCAAUAAUUGAAAUAGAGCCUCCAUUUAGAAUCUCCACAUGAUUAUUAUGAUAAAUUUUGCACCUUUAGUUUAGAUCAUAUUCAUGGCAUCAAGGAUUCCUCAGUUGCAAUCAAAGGUGACACAAGCCUCUCAAGUUGUUGCUAAGAAUGGAGGUUCCUACUACAAGCUAUUGUUGGAACAGAACAGACACUAUAUCCAAGAGCCUCCCACCAUUGAAAAGUGCCAAUCAUUGGCUAAACAAUUGUUUUAUACUCGCCUUGCAAGCAUCCCUCUUCGGUACAAUUCAUUCUUGAAGGAUCUGGAUUAUGUAAAGAACAUAGUGAAGAACAGACAUGAUCUAAACAUAGAAGAUGUUGGCAUUGGUGCUUUGUUUGGACUAGAGUGUUUUGCAUGGUUCUGGGGGGGUGAGAUUGUUGGUAGAGGAUUCACAUUCACUGGCUACUAUGUUUAACUAUUUCAAUCAUUAUUCAAUAUUCAUUCAUCUAUUGACAUUGCUAGUGAGAUCAUUUUCAUCA